GUAUACGAAACAGUUUGCUUGUGACACAAUGACGGAAAAUAAUAACAGCGAUCAAUUCAACGCGGAUGAAUUGGAGGCCCCCGAAUGGCUUAACGCGCAAUUCAUUGCAAAAGUUCUAAGCAAAUAUGAGAAUGAGUCGCAGCUAGAAGUACUUGAUCUGAAAAUUUCACCUGCCAGUGCCAAGGGAGAUCAUUAUGCAAGUGUGAUGUUCCGUACUUCAGUCGAAUACAAAACAGGAAAGGGAAAAUUCUCCAAGUCGCUAAUUGUGAAGACAAUGCCUGAACAGGAUGGUCACAAGAAGGAUAUGUUAAAUGAAUCACAUUUGUUUGAGACGGAAAUCGGCAUGUACGGCGAUGUGUUGCCAAAAUUUGAGAAAAUACUUCAAGAAGUGGGAGAUAAGACGAAACUUUAUGUGCCCUGUAUCUAUCAUAGUUUGGAGCCGCGGCAGGUUUUAAUAUUUGAUGACUUGGUUCCACUAGGUUACAGUGUUAUGCGGAAUCGUGAACUAACUAUUGAGGAGCUACAUUCUACCUUCUCAAAGCUGGCCAAAUGGCAUGCCGUUAGCAUGAAAGUCCAGAACGAGGAACCGGAGUAUUUAAAAAAAUACAAACAUGGCUUAAUCGAAUUGCCCAAUCUUAUGGAGGAUCCAAUGGUUACCUCAGGAAUGGAUAACUUUCUGCAAUUUCUGAAUAAGCAUCCAUCGUUGUCCAAAUAUAUACCAUAUUUCGAGAAGAUGAAAGGGAAUUAUCUUGAAAAACUUGCUGAUUUCAUGACAGAGUAUCGAAGGAAUCCUCGUGAUGAUGGCUAUUAUGUGCUUUGUCAUGGUGAUUACCAUAUUAGAAAUAUGAUGUUUAAGCACGAUAAGGAAACAGGAAAUCUUCAGGAUUGUAUGCUUGUGGACUUUCAAAUUUGUAAUCUGUGUCCUAUAACUGUUGACAUUGUGUAUUCCAUAUACAUGUUGAUGGGACCCGAAGAGCGGAAUAAAGAGUGGGAAAAUAUUUUAAACUAUUAUUUUUCCACCCUGUUGGAAACUUUGAAAAAAAUUGGCUAUAAAGGUGAUUUUCCCACUUUAAAAGAAUUUUGGAAGCAAAUUCAUCGAUCAAAAUAUUUUGACUUUUUCUUGGCCACUUCAUUCUUGCCAAUGAUGUGGGCUAUGAAGUCAAAUACCAUUGAUUUUGGUGAGGUGGCGCAAAAUAACGAAGCUCGUCUAAAAUGUUACCAGAUUGAAGGCUACGUGAAGGAUAUGACCAUCAUACUACCACGAUUUGAAAGGCUUGGCUAUUUUGAUGGUAUUUAAAAAUGAAGCAAUUAAUAAAUGAAUUAUUUAGUUAUAGUA